AUUGUUAUAUGUCAUCUUUCAAGCUUUCGUUUUAGGCCGAAUAGCCCUGGCAGCCGAGGCCUACAAAAAAUGAAAAGAAGAAGAAGAAGCUUUCAGUAAGUGUUCUGUGGUAAUACGGUGUUUUGAGAUAUUUUAACGAUUGUUCAUUUGUAAUUUUACUUAAUAAUAUCACCUUAAAACCAAAAUGCCUCCUUUGGAGGUAACAUCCAACACAAACAAUGAAGAACCUGGCCCAAUAAAUCCAGUUGUGGGUAUAAUUUAUCCACCACCAGAGGUUAGAAAUAUCGUUGAUAAAACAGCCAGCUUCGUUGCUAGAAAUGGACCAGAAUUUGAAGCUCGUAUCAGACAAAAUGAACUUGGAAAUCCUAAGUUUAAUUUCUUGAAUGGUGGAGAUCCUUACCAUGCAUACUAUCAGCACAAAGUUAAGGAUUUUAGGGAAGGAAAAGGUCAAGAGCCAUCUCCUGGUUUAAGUCUAGCAGUUUCUAAGCUUUCUGUAAGUGCUUCAGCACAACAGAAGCAACAAGAAAUAUUGAAACAAGUAGAACAGCCUUUUGUGCCUAAAGAUCCACCACAAGAUUUUGAAUUUAUUGCAGACCCACCAUCUAUUUCAGCUCUAGAUUUGGACAUUGUUAAGCUCACUGCUCAGUUUGUAGCUAGAAAUGGUAGAGCAUUUUUGACCCAGUUAAUGAACAGGGAACAGAGAAAUUUUCAGUUUGAUUUUCUGAGACCUCAGCAUUCUUUGUUUCAGUAUUUCACUAAACUGUUGGAACAAUAUACUAAGGUUCUUAUUCCUCCAAAAAGUAUGCAACAGCGUCUUAGGGAUGAAGCAAAAAGUGCUAAAGCUGUACUGGAACAGGUAAAAUAUCGUGCAGAGUGGUUGAGAUAUCAGGAACAACAAAAAGCAAAAGAAGAGGAGAUUCUUGAACGAGAAAGAGUGGCCUAUGCUCAAAUUGACUGGCACGAUUUUGUGGUGGUUGAAACAGUAGACUACCAACCAUUUGAAAUUGGGAACUUCCCACCUCCUACCACACCAGAAGAGGUCGGCGCCAGGAUAUUAAUACAAGAAAGAAUUGAAGAUGGAGAAGACAUUGAAAUGCAACUGGAAAGCGAUGAUGACGAUGAUACUCCAAAUGCUGAGGAAGGUUUGAGUACCAUGCAGGAUAAAACUAAGCGCAAAGGAGGUGAUGAUAAUCGCGUUCAGGAUAUGGAGGAAGAAAGUUCUGAUGAAGAUGAAAAUGAAGGCAAGACACCUAGAGCACCUCCCCCGCCGUCAAUUCAACCCCCUCUACCACCUGCUCCAGAUAAAGUGCUUGUGAAGAAAUAUGAUCCUAAACAAGCCGUUAAAGUCGCAAGACCUACAGUAGGAGACGAUUAUCUAGUCUCUCCCAUCACUGGUGAGAAAAUUCCAGCUAGCAAGGUCCAGGAACACAUGCGCAUCGGGCUUUUGGAUCCCCGUUGGGUGGAACAGCGGGACAAACAAAUUACAGACAAGAUGAACCAAGAUACGGUUUAUGCAGCCGGUAGCGCCAUCGAUGCAUCUCUUAAACUCCUCGCCGAAAGACGUACCGAUAUUUUCGGUGUCGGAGAUGAAGAAACUGCUAUUGGUAAAAAGAUUGGAGAAGAGGAUGUCAGAAAAGACGAGAAAGUGACAUGGGAUGGGCAUACGAGCAGCGUGGAAGCAGCGACAAGAGCCGCGAGGGCUAAUAUUACUUUAGAGGAACAAAUUCAUCAAAUACACAAAGUAAAAGGUCUACUUCCUGACGAAGAGAAAGAAAAAAUUGGUCCCAAAAAUAUUGGAUCUAAGAAGAUAAACAUUCAGAGUAUUAUUACUACAAAACCUCCUAAUCCACCUGUUCAGCCCCCAAAGCCGCCAGUAUCUCUUAUACAAACCCCUGCUCCACAAAUGAUUCCAGUUCCAACUCAGGCUGCGAUGAUGGCUCCACAGCCACCUAUAAUGAUGAUGCCUGCUCCUCCCAUGCCUCCCAUAAGACCACCACCUCUUAUGAUGCCCGGACCACCGCCGAUGGGUGGCUUUCCUGUAGGACCAAUGCCUGGACCACCGAUGGGUCCUGGUAUGAACAUGCCCCCUAUGAAACAUCCUAAUGAUGGACCAUCUGAGGAUGAACCUAGUAAUAAGAAGUUAAGAAACGAGGAUUCACUCAUUCCCGAAAAUGUGUUCUUGUCUAGAAAUCCAAGCCAAGUGUCGAUAAAAGUUUCGAUUCCACAUAUACCGGAAAAGUCAGAAUGGAGAUUAACUGGACAAAUGAUGUCUUGGACUUUUCCUUUAGGAGAAUCUGUGGCAAACUUGAAAGCCAAAUUACAGGAAGAAACGAAUAUGCCUCCCGCCAAACAAAAGUUAUUCUUUGAUGGAAUGUUUUUCAAGGAUUCCAACACAUUGGCCUAUUAUAAUGUUACUCCAGGCGCUGUUAUCCAAUUGCAGAUCAAGGAAAGAGGUGGAAGGAAAAAAUAAAUAUUUUAUUAUGCAUAGUUUAAUUUUU